GGCCACAGUCCACACACCUCGUGCCUCAUUCUUAUUCUCCUCUUACACUAAAUUACACCCUCUGCGAGGUGUAAGUAACCUCUGCCCUCUCUCUGCAUACCCCAUUUUUAUCUAAUUUUACUGUGAGUUUUUUGGUUCCAUGACAAUCAAUUGACGACAAACGUGGACUACUGCUCCACCUGCUGACUCCCAUUUUUAUUACCUUUAUAAAGCUAACACACAGACACAGACACACACACAAACACCCCCCACCCCACCCCCCUCUUCAUCUCUGCAGCUUAUUAUGUUAUGUACGUACGACGCUCGUAAAACCAGCUCUCUUUCCUAAGUUGUUGUUGUUGUGCAAACAUCUUACUAUUAUUACACACACUCACUCUUCUCUCCCACUUAAUUCUUGUAUAAAAACCCUUUUUGUGUUGAGCUGAAAACCCCAUUCUUGAAUUCAUCAUCAUCGUCAUGUACCACACUCAGAGCAAUUCAUUCUCGAUGCUCUUCUCCAUGGCUAAUGGGCACAGAGGUUUUGAUGAGGGGGAGAUGUACUCUUUCACCACUUCUCCUUCUGCUUCUGUCGAUUGUACUCUUUCCUUAGGCACGCCUUCUACUCGUCUUACCAGUGAGAGCGCCGCCCAUCAUCAGGAGAAGAAGCGUUCUUCUUGCAUGUCUAACUUCGGCUGGAACAUACUGCCAUCCAAGCACACGCCGCCGCCCUCCGCUUCUUCCAAGGGCCACCGUGGAGGAAACAAUGGCAACGCUGGUUCCGGAGGCGACCCGCUUCUGGCUCGUCGGUGUGCUAAUUGUGACACUACUUCGACUCCCCUCUGGAGGAAUGGACCUAGAGGCCCGAAGUCGCUAUGCAAUGCUUGUGGGAUUCGUUUCAAGAAGGAAGAGAGGAGAGCGACGGCGGCAGCAGCCACCAGCAGCGGCGGAGCCGCCCACGGGUCCCAUCUCGUCGACUCACAACACAUGAUGAAUGGGGCCACUUGGGCUCAGCCCCACAAAACGCCGUGCUAUUCUUCGGCCUAUGGGAACGAAUUCCGGUUCAUAGAAGACGACGUCGCCGAUCACCGCCGCGACUCAGAAACCGGCAGCGGCAGCGGCGCAAUCCCAUUCCUUUCUUGGCGUUUCAACGUGACUGACAGGCCGAGCCUUGUUCAUGACUUCACAAGAUAAACCCUCCAAGAACUAAUCCCCACAAACUCAGACCCAAAAAAACCAAAAAAGGAAAUUCAAAUAUCAGAAAAGUAAAGGCCAAAAAUCCCAUUUGAUGGUGAUAGUGGUACUGUGACUGAUAGCUAUGGCUCAUGAGAAAUUCUUUUCUUUUCAGCUGUUUUUUUCUCUUUAUGGUUUGACGGAUCUUACAUACAUAGAUGGAGUGAAAAUGAGUUAAAUUCUA